CAUAUCACCUUAUCCCCAAUAUCCAAACAUUUUCUCAUCAAAUAAUAUUCAAACCUCCUCCUUCCAUUUCCCACCACCCAAAACUAAAAAAAAGAAGAAGAUACACCGAGUCAUGGCCAUGGCAACCCAAGCCUCCCUCUUCUCCGCCGCCGCCCCGAAAUCCUCCGUGGCAGCCCCGUGGAAGCAAUCCCUCGCCAGCUUCCCCUCCCUAAAGCCCACCAAAAUCCACACCAACCGCCCCAUCCGCGCCAUGGCCGAGGAGGCCCCCGCCGCCGCCAAGAAGGCCGAAGCUCCCGCGGGAUUCACCCCGCCGGAGCUGGACCCGAACACACCCUCCCCGAUCUUCGGAGGCAGCACGGGCGGGCUCCUCCGGAAGGCGCAGGUGGAGGAGUUCUACGUGAUCACGUGGGAGUCCCCGAAGGAGCAGGUGUUCGAGAUGCCGACGGGAGGCGCCGCCAUCAUGAGGCAGGGACCGAACCUGCUGAAGCUGGCGAGGAAGGAGCAGUGCCUCGCCCUCGGCACCCGACUCCGCUCCAAGUACAAGAUCAACUACCAAUUCUACCGGGUUUUCCCCAACGGAGAGGUGCAGUAUCUGCACCCCAAGGAUGGGGUCUACCCGGAGAAGGUCAACCCCGGGAGGACCGGCGUCGGCCAGAACUUCCGGUCCAUUGGGAAGAAUGUCAGCCCCAUCGAGGUCAAGUUCACCGGCAAGCAGGUCUACGAUUUGUAAUUUCUCAUCGCCUUAAUUCAUUACUGUUUGUAACCGUGUAUUUAUGCAUGAAAGAUACUCCUACUUUGUUAAAUGUGGUUCAGUAAUUCAUCUCUUUCUAUCAUUCA